GGAGGGGCACUGGUCACAUGAGCAGUCACAUGAGCAGGAAGCAGAGAGGAGACUGUGGAGAGAAAUACAGAACUGUGUCGGCAGUGAGUGAGAAUGAAAUCUAUAUACUUGAUGACCUCUGAAAGUUCUCCUCUUCUGCAUUACCGACUGUUUAGUGUGUCCGAUGGAGGUUUAGGCCCCCCCGAUUCAUCUCCCAUCAUGACGGAUGCUGUUACCGUGGGGACUGGACCCACCCAACGCAAACUCUCCACGUUUUUCGGAGUAGUUGUUCCCACUGUCCUGUCCAUGUUUAGUAUUGUGGUAUUUAUGAGAAUAGGGUUUGUGGUGGGACACGCCGGACUUCUUCAGUCACUAUUGAUGCUGUUUGUGGCUUAUGUGAUCAUCUGGCUCACUGUUCUCAGUGUGUGUGCCAUAUCCACCAAUGGUGCAGUCCAGGGGGGUGGAGCCUACUUCAUGAUCUCACGCACCCUGGGACCAGAGUUUGGAGGCAGCAUCGGACUCAUGUUCUACCUGGCUAAUGUGUUUGCGUGUGGGGUGUAUGUCCUGGGACUGGUAGAAGCAGUGCUGGAUGUGUUCGGUAGAGACCCAUCAGACGUUACGGACUCUCUGCGAUCCCUUCCUCAGGGCUACGGUUACAGCUUCCUGUACGCCAGCAUCAUCCUCCUCCUCUGUAUGGCCAUCUGUCUGGUUGGUGCCUCCAUUUACUCCCAGGCAUCAUUUUUCAUCUUCCUGUUGGUUUUCGUGGUUCUCCUGACGAUUCUGAUCAGUUUUCUGGCAGUCAGGCCUCUCACUGUGAGCAUCCGGCAUGGGGGAAAUGUGACCAUGACAGGGGUGUACACAGGAAUAAACAGCAGCACCCUCCAUAAUAACCUGCAGGCGGAUUAUUCUCUGGAUUAUACCACCGGCAACCUCAUGAACUUCGCCACUGUGUUUGCUGUGAUGUUUAAUGGCUGCACUGGAAUCAUGGCUGGCUGUAACUUGUCUGGGGAGCUGAAACAGCCCAGUCGCUCCAUCCCUAUGGGAACCAUCAUUGCUGUUAUUAUCACCUUUUUUGUCUACCUGAUACUCUUUAUCUUCACUGCAUUCACCUGUGACAGGACUCUGCUCAGAGAAGAUUAUGGUUUCUUCCGGUCCAUAAACAUCUGGCCCCCAUUUGUGCUAAUUGGGGUGUACGCCACGUCUCUGUCAGCCUCUAUGAGUACUCUCAUCGGAGCCUCACGCAUCUUGCACGCUUUAGCUAAGGAUGAUCUGUUUGGGGUCCUUCUGGCUCCAGCUAAACUAGUGUCCAAAGGAGGAAAUCCCUGGGGAGCUGUGGUCUACACCUGGGCCUUAGUACAGUUGGUCCUGCUGGCGGGGAAGCUUAACACCAUCGCUGGAAUAGUCACUGUGUUCUACCUCAUUGCAUACGCAGCUAUAGACUUGGCUUGUCUGGCAUUAGAGUGGGCAUCAGCACCCAACUUCAGACCCACAUUCCGGUUCUUUUCCUGGCACACAUGCCUCCUGGGAAUCCUGAGCAGCUUGGUUAUGAUGUUCCUUAUUAACCCUGCAUAUGCCUCGGGAAGCAUCGUCCUCCUCCUCCUUCUGCUUGGAUCCAUUCACUUCAGGAGCUCAAGUAGCAGCUGGGGGUACAUAAGUCAGGCUCUAAUCUUCCAUCAAGUACGGAAAUAUCUUCUCCUGCUGGACGUGCGCAAGGAUCACGUGAAGUUUUGGCGCCCGCAGAUCCUUCUCAUGGUGUCCAACCCUCGCACCUCCAGCCAACUCAUUCGAUUUGUCAAUGACCUGAAGAAGGGCGGCCUGUACAUCUUGGGGCACGUGGAGACUGGGGAUCUGGAUACACUGCCCUCUGACCCAGUACAGACCCAUUACAGCUUUUGGCUCAGUCUGGUGGAUAAACUUAAUGUCAAAGCCUUUGUGGAUCUUACUCUGUGUCCCUCUGUCCGGCAAGGAACUCAGCAUCUUCUGCGCAUCACUGGGCUGGGGGGCAUGAAGCCCAAUACAGUGGUCCUUGGCUUCUAUGAUGAUGCUUGCCCAGAUGACUACUUCCUACAAGACAGUUUAUUCACCCCAGGCCUGUCCCCUAAAGAUGAUGCGUUUGGAGUGGAUGCGACAUCUUUGCAAGCUCACUUUCCCCCGGCCCGUGAUCCUGAGACCCCGCGCCUUCUCUCGGCCAAGGACUACGUCUCCAUGAUCUGCGAUGCACUCAAGAUGCACAAGAACAUUGUUUUAGCUCGGAAUUUCCCUCUGUUAGUCAGGCCUGAAGCCUCAAGCUCCAGCCCAGCCACAUACAUUGACGUGUGGCCCUUGGACCUCCUGCGGCCCCAAGCUUCAGCCUAUGUUGAUGUCUGUAGCCUUUUCCUUUUACAAAUGGCAUGUAUUCUGAACAUGGCCGCCUCCUGGCGCCGCUAUCAGCUGCGGGUCUUUCUCUGCGUGGAGUCCAGAGGAGGCAGUGAUGGGGCUAGUGGCUGGCUAGCGGCGGAGGCAAAGUUCAGGGAGCUGUUGAGUAAGCUGAGAAUCAGAGCCUUGAUCCGUGUGGUGGCCUGGGACAGGGUUGCGGCAUUUCGUGUACAAAAUAUGGGAGGGCAGGUUCUGAACCGCGAGCCCAUCUCAAGCGAAUACCUUAACGCUGCCAAGAGUGCUGUGACUGACGAAGGGGGGACGGAGACAGCAGUGAGAUUUCUCUAUCUCCCCCGACCCCCCGCUGACUCCUCUCUGCACGAACGUUACCUGGAGGAACUGGACACCCUCACAUCAGGACUGGGCCCUACGUUACUUAUUCAUGGCCUGACUCCCGUCACCUGCACCGAGCUCUAACGGACAUUUCUGCGGCACUCGGACUUCUAGCACUGACACUUGUUUAUUAUGGCAGUUAGUCCUGACUAAUCUCAGUAACCCCGGGCUUCUCUCUUGUUUGCAGAUGUCUCUUGCACUCCUCUAGGGCAUUAAUAACCACUAAUAUUCCUCCGCUGCUUCUUACAUUGAACCCAUGUGCUCACACUCCACACUCCACCCAUGGGUGCCAAGCUUUGCUUCCUGACACUCCUUCACCCUGCGUUGCUUUUUGUUUUUGAGUCAAGCACUUCUCACCUGGGACUCACCUUUGGUUUCACACUCAUCACAUUCCCAGAAUCCUUUGCUACUUCUGUUCAUUGUUUUUUUUUUUUUUACAUACUUUUAAUUCCACUAAAUAAUGAACUAAAUCAUGUGUUCUGCUAAUGAUCUUGGUACCAGCCCCCCCCCACACCUUUCCCAGAAUCCUUCAUGGGUGCAUCUUAUUGACUGCUAACACUUUAAUCCAGGGGUGUUCUCCUAUUAGACUCACCCUCCUAACAAGUUUCCAGAAUGAAUGAGAAAUGCCAAUUAUUUUCUAAUUUAAAUGCAGUAAUAUCAGUAUUUCUUCAGCCUCACCGUUUGUUUUUUAUAAAACGUUUAGCUUUGUCGUUUUUUUCUAUGUUUUUCUAUGUUUUCCCCAAUACUUUGCUUCCUGCUAUUAUUUAUUAACAAGCUUGUGCUUCCCGUUACCCUGAGACCUCUGCAGAAGUCGUCUCAAUCGCCCCAUCGCCGGACAAUCUCGCCAGUCUGUUUGGUACUUUAUUAUACAGCGGGGAUAGAAAGUGCUUCCAAUCCAUCACUCUGGGGCUAUUAUUUAUUAAAGGGGUUGUUCACCUUUAAAUUAACCGUUAGUAUGAUGUAGAGAGGGAUAUUCUGAGACAAUUUGCAAUUGGUUUUCAUUUCUUAUUAUUUGUAGUUUUUGACUUAUUUAGCUUUUUAUUCAGCAGUUUGCAAUUUUAGGUCAUCUAGUUGCUAGGGUGCAAAUUACCCUAGCAACUAUGCAUUGAUUUGAAUAAGAUACUGGAGGCCCGAAUAGAAAGAUGCGUAAUUAAAAGGUCCCAAUAACAAAAAGUAGCUUCAGAGAACAUUUGUUUUUAGAUGGGGUCGGUGACCCCCAUUGUAAAGCUGGAAGGAGUCAGAAAAUAAUUAAAAAAUGAUAAAAAAAUAAAUAAUGGAGACCAAUUGAAAAUUUGAUUCUAUAACAUACUAAAAGUUAACUUAAAGGUAAACCACCCCUUUCAGCAAUACAAGGUUUAAAUGUAUAAAAAUAACAUGUCCCCUCCCUCUCACACUCACAGUAUAGAAUUCUAGAAGAUUCCGUAACUUCGAUCUCCCAGGGGAGGCUUCUCGAUUGGGGGGGGGCGGAGUCUGUGGCCAAAAGAAGGUUCCUGAUUGGUCCUUAUUCCUCACUCUCCUGCUGGAGCUGCACUUUAGCCGUUGCUUUGGGAUUUGCCUUAUUGUUGCGGGUCGAUGGGACGGUUGGACUUGAUCUUCUCGCGACUGUUACGUUCUUUUAUCUCUUUUCAGUGAUUUUUUUUUUAACAUGUAACAUUUGGACACUUAAUAAAAAGAAUAAAGUGAU